CGCGCAUGAGGCAGGCGGGCGGCGGAAACGGGAGAAACUGUCCGUGGUGGGGGGAGGGGAGGUGACGAGUGCGCGCGCAGCGGGGGCGCGGGCGGCGUGGGGGGGCGGCCGAGGCGGGCGGGCGCGCGCACGAGGCUUACCCUCGCUCGGCGGCGGCGGCGGCGGCGGCUUCUUUGUUUCGUGAGGAGAAGCGAGACUCCCAUUCUGCCCCCGGCCUCGCGCGGAGGGGCGGGGGCGGCGCCGGGAAGGCUACAGCGCCGGCGACUCCCGGAGACCACUGUCCGCGGCUCCCGUGAAGAUGUCCACUCCAGACCCACCCCUGGGUGGAACUCCUCGGCCAGGCCCUUCUCCAGGCCCGGGCCCCUCCCCAGGAGCCAUGUUGGGCCCUAGCCCGGGUCCCUCACCUGGCUCCGCCCACAGCAUGAUGGGGCCCAGCCCGGGGCCUCCCUCAGCAGGACACCCCAUCCCGACCCAGGGCCCUGGAGGGUACCCUCAGGACAACAUGCACCAGAUGCACAAGCCGAUGGAGUCCAUGCACGAGAAGGGCAUGUCGGAUGACCCCCGCUACAACCAGAUGAAGGGGAUGGGACUGCGGUCAGGGGGCCAUGCAGGCAUGGGGCCCCCGCCGAGCCCCAUGGACCAGCACUCUCAAGGGUACCCCUCACCCCUGGGGGGCUCUGAGCACGCCUCCAGUCCGGUUCCAGCCAGUGGCCCAUCCUCGGGCCCACAGAUGUCGUCCGGACCAGGAGGGGCCCCUCUGGAUGGCGCCGACCCCCAGGCUUUGGGGCAGCAGAACCGGGGCCCGACCCCAUUUAACCAGAACCAGCUGCACCAGCUCAGAGCUCAGAUCAUGGCAUACAAGAUGCUGGCCCGGGGGCAGCCCCUCCCUGACCACCUGCAGAUGGCGGUGCAGGGGAAGCGGCCGAUGCCCGGGAUGCAGCAGCAGAUGCCAACACUACCUCCACCCUCCGUGUCCGCAACAGGACCUGGCCCUGGCCCUGGCCCUGGCCCUGGGCCAGGUCCGGGACCAGCACCUCCAAAUUACAGCAGGCCUCAUGGUAUGGGAGGGCCCAACAUGCCCCCCCCAGGACCCUCAGGCGUGCCCCCCGGGAUGCCUGGCCAGCCCCCCGGAGGGCCUCCCAAGCCCUGGCCUGAAGGACCCAUGGCGAAUGCUGCUGCUCCCACGAGCACACCUCAGAAGCUGAUACCCCCGCAGCCGACGGGUCGCCCCUCACCUGCACCCCCCGCCGUCCCGCCGGCUGCCUCCCCGGUGAUGCCGCCCCAGACACAGUCGCCGGGGCAGCCGGCCCAGCCCGCCCCCAUGGUGCCGCUCCACCAGAAGCAGAGCCGCAUCACCCCUAUCCAGAAGCCACGGGGCUUGGACCCGGUGGAGAUCCUGCAGGAGCGGGAGUACAGGCUACAGGCUCGCAUCGCACACCGAAUUCAGGAACUUGAAAACCUUCCCGGGUCCCUAGCCGGGGAUUUGCGUACCAAAGCGACCAUCGAGCUCAAGGCCCUCAGGCUGCUGAACUUCCAGAGGCAGCUGCGGCAGGAGGUGGUGGUGUGCAUGAGGAGGGACACAGCUCUUGAAACGGCCCUCAAUGCCAAGGCCUACAAGCGCAGCAAGCGGCAGUCACUGCGUGAGGCCCGCAUCACCGAGAAGCUGGAGAAGCAGCAGAAGAUCGAGCAGGAGCGCAAGCGCCGGCAGAAGCACCAGGAAUACCUCAACAGCAUUCUUCAGCAUGCCAAGGAUUUCAAAGAAUAUCACAGGUCGGUCACAGGCAAGAUCCAGAAACUCACCAAGGCGGUGGCCACCUACCAUGCCAACACAGAGCGGGAGCAGAAGAAGGAAAACGAGAGAAUCGAGAAGGAGAGGAUGCGGCGGCUCAUGGCCGAAGACGAGGAAGGGUACCGCAAGCUCAUCGACCAGAAGAAGGACAAGCGCCUGGCCUACCUCUUGCAGCAGACAGACGAGUACGUGGCUAACCUCACGGAGCUGGUGCGGCAGCACAAGGCCGCCCAGGUCGCCAAGGAAAAGAAGAAGAAAAAGAAAAAGAAGAAGGCAGAAAACGCAGAAGGACAGACACCUGCAAUUGGACCUGACGGCGAGCCUCUGGAUGAGACCAGCCAAAUGAGUGACCUACCUGUCAAGGUGAUCCAUGUGGAGAGUGGGAAGAUCCUCACCGGCACAGACGCGCCUAAAGCAGGGCAGCUAGAGGCCUGGCUGGAGAUGAACCCUGGGUAUGAAGUAGCUCCAAGAUCUGAUAGUGAAGAGAGUGGCUCCGAAGAAGAGGAGGAGGAGGAAGAGGAGGAGCAGCCGCAGCCAGCGCAGCCUCCCGCCCUGCCUGUGGAGGAGAAGAAGAAGAUUCCAGAUCCAGACAGCGACGAUGUCUCUGAGGUGGACGCCCGGCACAUCAUUGAGUAAGGCACCCCUGCCAAGCUCCCCCUCUGCCAGCU